AUGGUGAUCGAGCACGUCGCGCCCGCGACGCGCUUGCUCGAGAAGCGACGGCAGAUGCGGGAGGUUCAGGACGCGCUCGAGGCGACGAAGCGCGAGUUCGCGCUCAAAGAGGAAGGAUUCAAGCGCCGAGAGGAAACCAUCAAGAACAAAGACCUGGACCUCCAAGAGUCGCUCGUGCGGUUCAGCAAAUUUCUUCAGGAGAACGACAGCAAACGCACGCGCGCGGAGCGCAAGGCGGCGGACGAGAUCAAGAUCCGUCUGCAGAAGGAGGUGGAGAUCGAGGAGCUGACGCGCGCGCUCGCGGAUCUGAAGACGCGGUCGGAGGACGCCGCGGAACGCCUCGCGAGAAACGUUCGAUACAAAGAGUACCUCGAGUCGGUUAUAAACGCGAGCCCGGAGUACGAGGAGAUCCCGGAGAUUCUGCUGCGGCACGAGACGCUCGCGGCGACGAACGCGGAUCUCCUCGCGGAGGACAAGAGGCUCAGCGCGCGCGUCGAGAGCGAGAAGGCUGAUCUGACGGCGUACUCGAAGAGAAAGCAAAACGAAUCGUUGGGGCUCAACAACGAGAUCGCGCGGCUGAAGAUCGAGCUCGAACGCGCGUCGCUGCGCGCGGCGGACGCCGCGCGCGACCGCGACGUCGCGCUCGCCGUUGUGGGGCAGAAGACGCUCGACCACGGGCAAGUAUGCAUGGCGGCGGAUAACAUCUUCAUUCGGUGUCGGAGGCGGAGCGCGGUGAAGUAUCGCGCGCACACGGAUCCGUUGGAGCAGUUGCACGUGGUCGGGGAGUUCGUGUCCGACAUGUCCGAGGUCGUGAAGCUCAAGGACAAGCGCUGA